AUGGGGGCGCCGAAGCAGAAAUGGACGGCGGAAGAGGAGGAGGCGCUCCGGGCCGGGGUGGAGAAGCAUGGCGCCGGAAAGUGGAGGACUAUCCAGAGGGACCCUGAGUUCAGCCGCUGCCUCGCCUCCCGCUCCAACAUCGAUCUCAAGGUGUUUCUGCAGACCCCCGGCACAAUUACUUCGUUUGAGCUUUUUUUUUUCGAGGAUUUGGGCGUCAUCGCAUUUUAUUUUUAAAUUUAUGUAACAUUCAGGAAGUCAGUUGAACUAAAUAACCAUGGAAUCCAAAUCAGUACACCAGAGCCCCUUUACACCGAUUCUUUGGAUUUCGUUCAAGCCUCAUUUCAAGGUUUAGCGGGGCAUCCAUCCGAAUCAUUUGAAGUCAAGAAAGAGCACUGGUUUCCAGGAAAAAAAUUCUUCAUCGAAUAUUGCUGAAAUAUUUUAUACUUUCACCGGUGCGUGCAGGAGUUUGUUUUUGCGCGUGCUGUUAUCACCAUCAUACGAAUUAAUAUAUAGGCGGUGGGCAUAUUGGACGCAGAUCGGGAAACACUUUUUAACCGAUUUUUUAGAAAACUACACUCUGAUUGAAACGGCCUAUUCUGAUUUGCGUCCUAAAUUAUUCGAAGUAUGGAGUAUUUUUAAUUUUUUAAUUUCAGUUUGAGAAAAAUUAUUUUGUUAAACAUAAUAAUUCCUCGCUACAUCAUUCCUUUUGCUUUGUUUGAGGUACAGGCUAUGUUUCAUUCGCUCUUAAGUUUUUCUACCUUUCAACAUCUGAUGUCUUUGUUAAUCCAUGCACCUCAGAGGUUUCUGACCUCAUUGAGGUUUUGGACCCGUGCCUUUCUUUAAUGUGCUGCUGACGUGGCAUAUUUUAUAAAGUGAAUGUUAAUACACAUAUUUUGUACUUCAGUUCUUGGUUAGCAUGCUUGCGGUAAUAUUUGAAGUGUUUUCACAUAGUUCCUGCUGAUACAGGACAAAUGGAGGAAUAUGAGCUUGUGCGGUGGCCAAGGCUCUAGGGAGAAAACGAGGGUGCCUAGGAUAAAGGGUACCACAGGUGCCUCAUUGCCUAGUUCCCAGACUCUCACCUCUUCUGCACCAGCCAAGCUUGGAGGUUUAUCAGUUAAUACAGAUCUUUCGAAAAAUGCUCAGGAGCAAAAAAUAUCUCCAAAGUAUGUUUUAUUUCUGUUGAACGAUGGCAUAAAUAUUUAGACUAGCGUUUUUCUUCUUAUUUCUAGUAUCAUGCAAUAUUUCUAGUGCUAAAAAUCACAGUGAAUGAACUUUCGCGAGGGAAAAACUAUAUGAUCUGGCACACAUAAUAUAUGCCAUUACAUGAACACUAGAGCUCUCUUCUCAGUCAACUUUUCCUAAAGUGUUUCCUGAUGUGAAUAAUUGGUAUAAGCUAUGAUUGAUGCUUGAAAUUAUGGGAAGAUUGUCUGAACAGAGAUUGGCAUCAAUUUCUGCAAUUUUUCAGCAGUAUGCUAUACUGUAUAUAUAAAUAUUCAUUAACCUGCUCUACUCUGCAUACCCUGGUGAAUAAUUUGGUGACAAUGAACAGAAAAAACCAAUAUAUCGUCUAUAUGAUUUCUAGUGACCUUCUAUGGAAGCUUGGUUUCCCGUCAUCUUUUCGUGACAAGCUAUUUCCAUAAGUUCCCAUUCAUAUUUUAUGCCAGUAACCUUUAUUUUGUUGAAUGCCUUUUCUAGAGUUGUUGUGUUUAUUGGGGUUGUCUCAAGAAACAAGUUGAAGAGGGUAUUUUUGGAAGCUUUAUUGGGGGCCAUGUGUUCCUUUUGUAUGCGCCUUAAGUAACCUUAUUGGCCAUCAUGGAAAGAUUACGGGUGGGAUAACUUAUGCCUAUGAGAUGCACGUAUUGAAUUUUAUUUUUUCUUUAUUCUUGUAAUUAGUCACUCCAUGAUUUACGCCAACAUUCCUUUUUCAGGAUUGACUUUUUUUUGCCAUGAUAGUAAAAUGGUUCAGAUGCAGGAUCAAUAGGAAUUUGACACCCUCUUGCAUUUGCCAUGAUAUGUACAUCAAAAGAGGCUCUGUGGAAGCCCAUAUUUUUAUUUGAACUCGUUUGCAGGACGUCAAUUUUCUUCACACUCUACUAUCCACUGCUGUCCCUAAGUGUGUUGUGUGGCUGGGGAGAGUGUGAUAUAGGUGAAGUGCCCUCCACAAGAUAGUUCAUAACUUGAGCCUAGUGGGUGUAGACUCUAGUGAUUAUUUAUUCCCAUUAAUCGUCCCAGGAACGCUUCCUGGACAGAUUGUAGGCUGGAAUCUUGAGGAUCAUUAGAAAUUUGACAUAUAGGACAUUUUCAGUUUUAUUUUUUUCUUUAUAUCGGGAAAAGACCACUUUGUGACAAUGAAGAGCUUGGAGGGUUUUAGUCAAUGGUUGGAUGUGAUUGGGAUAAGGUGAAGCAUUCUCAGCCAUAUCAGAAAUGCAACCUUUUCUUCACUGUACAUCUUAGUGGAGAAAUCUUUUACAUCAGAUGUUGUCUGACAACCUGAUAUAUAACGAGAAAUUUUAUCUCAUGUUUGCUAACAUUACAUCAUAUAUAUUUUGAGUAUUUUCUAUCAGAACGAAUCUUGCAACAACGUUUUGGGCAUUUUCUAUCAGGUACAUUACAUUGAUUAUUGAAGCUCUGUCUAAUGUGAAAGAGCCACAAGGAAUGGAUGUUGGUGCUAUUUGCAGCUAUAUUGAGGUGAGUUUUGCACAUCUUACUGGCUUAAUGUCUUCUGGUUAUUCCUAAACGAAAAACUUUUUUCUCAUGCUUAUAAUGUUGUAGGAUAUUAUGUGUGGCUUCAUAGAUUCACAGUAUAGGUUUAACAUACGCUGAAACCAGUAUGUCAAGGUUUCUACUCCGUAGAGAAUAUAGAUGUCAGAAGUCAAGGGCCCCUGGUCCUGCAAUGGAUCAUUUAUAUACAUAAAGGGUACAUCAUGCCAUCUCAGCUUUCUUCGAAACAUAGUUCCGAUAGAAAUGAUCUACGCUAGGAAAAUAAGCUUUAUGAGAAAAAGUACCAACUAGAGGAUAUGACUGUCUGGUUAUUCUAUGGAUAGCUAUUUAUUACCACCACUAGUGCCCAUCUCUUUCUUUCCCCUUGAUUUCAUUACUUAUGCCACUAGGAAAUUGGCACAGUGAUAAUUUUUAAAUAAAUUGUGUAACAGAAGCUGAAGAGAGAACCAUGAAAAACGUUGAAUUGGCUAGGGAUAAUUAAAAAACUGAAUUAGGAUGAAAACUUUCGCUCUUUAGUUCCUGCUUCUAUAAAAAUGAAGAGCUAUUUCUGGUAUGUUAGAAAAUAUGAUUUAUCGGUAACUGUUUUUAAAAUAAAGAAUCCCCUAAAAAAUAAGAUACUUUUAAUUAGAUAUGCUAAGAUGAAGGAUUUCCUUGAGAGAAUGUAGUGUCAUGUUGGGGUCUUCUCAAUUUUAUUGUUUAGGUAUUUUUCGUUUUGCUUUUAAACAUUCAUGGUUAUGGUUUGUACUAUAUUCUAUGUAAGUUCUCCAUUUUGGAUGAACUUACUAAUGAGUCGAUCUACUAAUGGAUAGUCCUAAUCAGGUAUGUCAAAUCGAUUAAUGAAUGUUUAAGUGACUGAUUCAUUAUUUUCAUGAAUAUACUAAGAGUAUUAAACCAACCAAAUGACAUCACUAACAACUCAUAAAGGUCUUUUAUGUUUUUAAAUCAAGCUUUCAUCCGUCAGUUAUGCAUUUGUUAGUAUGGCAGUAACUACAUUUCGAAUCAAGCCCUUUGGUAAAUUCCUUUGAACCGACAAACCUGUUCGGCAUAUCUCCCAUGUUCCAUUUUUUAGUGCUCGGAUGGUACCUUUUUUUUGUUACUUCAAAUACGAUUGAAUCAAGAUCCGGUCAAAUAUUGUGAAUGACAUGAUUGCUUAAGCUGGAAAUAAAUAAUUGGAAAGCCCUCUGGAACGUGAGGACACUACCUCCACCUACUUAUAUUGUAAGUAGGCGGAGUUAGUGUCCUCCAAGGUUGAAACUUUUAGACAGAAAAUCUUAUUCUGAAUCACCAAAAUAUCAGAUUCUUUUCACUAAUCUUCUGUUGAAUUUAAUGACAGCUUCCCACUUGGUUUCUUAAGACAAGUAGAGUUUAUUCUUUGUUAUGGAUUCUGCCACUAGGAAUAGUAGUUACUUCGAAGUCCGAGGACAUCCCAUUUUGAUGCGCUCUGAACUCCUUUUGUGAAAUUUAUGAUUAAAAAUUAUACCACUGUUCUGCGUAAACAUUAAAUAAUAUGACCAAUACUCUAACUGAGGAUGGCCAACUAUUACUCUGCUGGGUUCUCUUGACUAUUUUAGAAUCCAAGUGCAUAUAACAUUUGUAACAUCAAGGAAAAGGUCCUGGCACUGAUCUUCAUUUUUUACACAUAUCAUCUCUCCCGAAGAUUUCCUUGUGCGCUAUGCGUUCUUAUGUGAAUAGCCUAUCUCAUUAUCAAAUGGGUUUUUUUCUAUUAAGAGAACAUACUUUUUGACUGCUCCACUGCUUUUUUAUACAGCAACGGAAUGAUGUGCCUCCAAAUUUUAGGCGCUUACUUGGUUCAAAACUGCGACGACUUGUUGCACAGAACAAAAUUGAGAAGGUGAAUUCUCGUACGUUUUCCUUGAUGGGCUUUCCUUUUCGAAGAUAUGUCCGGAAAUAGGGGAUACUGGUUUCGUGUAUAUGAGUGUGUGUAUGUUUUUGUCUCUAUCGGAUGAGCACGUGUUUGCACCUUCACAUGUUCAAGUCUUUGUGCAUGCGUAGCUGUUUUACAGGGACCAGGUUCACGGUAGGUAAGUAAAAUCAUGUAUGACGACUAAUGCGGAAGCUGAGUUGGGUGGGAGUCUCUUGAAAGUCUUUCUCCCAGAAGGAGAAGAUAAAAUGGAAAAAAAAGAAAAAAGAUCGCACUAAUUUGGUUAUAUUAGAAAAGUUCAGGCUAUUGGGUUCAUCUCUCAGCAUUAUGUUCCAGUAAGACGAGCAUUCAUCAGACAAUAUUCCCCCAAAUGGUUGAAAGAUUGGGCUUUUCUGCAUUUAAAUUCUUCUUGCAUGCAAAAUCAGUUUUAGUGCCCACCUUGAAGUUUCAUGUUAAUAUAAGUCCUCAUGCUGUAGGAAUUUGUGUUAAUGAAAAAAAUUCCCAGAAUGUCUGGUAUAUUAAAAACUUGGAAGGUCGUCGUUAAGAUUAUUUAAAAGUCCAGUACAUUGUGAGAAGAUGGAAAUCAAUGAAAUCUUUUUCCAUUUCUUGAUAUAUUGAAGAACAAUACUCGAGUCUAAUUGAAGAAAGUUAUGAAGGCAGGCUUCUUUGUUGACCUGAAGCUUGGCAUUGCUUGAUAAAACAACGGACAUCAUUGGAAUGGAACCACUUCUUCACCUUUGAUAAUGCACAUGCAUCUAGGUGUGAAUAUGUGGAGUGUUUAUGAUUAAAUUUCAUAUUUAAGCAUUGCCCCCAUCUAAAUUUUUUAUGGGUAGACAUCAUUUCAAUGAGAAAUGGAGUGAUUAUGAAAUCAAAGUCUUGCCACCCAUUAAAAUGGCAUGGUUCUUGGCAGAGGUUGAAGCUAGGACAGUUUCCAAUUAUGGACCUCCCCGUUUAUAUUUCAUGAAACUAUCCGUACUUUACUGUAUUAGUCUAGAUGCUCAAAGGCACCCAUCAAUUGGUAACAUGUGUGCUACAACAAUAAUCCAGGUUGAGAAAGGGUAUAAACUGAGAGAGCCCUUUGUAACGAAGACCCCAACUCCAAAAGAGAAGGACCCAGGGUACCGGCCAAGGCCUCUACCGCCCCCUGUGAUUACCAGCUCCAUGGACGUGGUAGGGGACGCAGCGAUAGCCGCCGCAUACAAGAUAGCCGAAGCCGAAGCCAAGUCGUUCCUGGCAUCAGAGGCCGUCAAGGAGGCAGAGAGGGUCUCCAAGAUGGCUGAAGAAACAGAUUCCUUGCUGAUGCUUGCAAGGGAGAUAUUCGAGCAGUGUAAAGUCGGGUUCCUGCGACUAUUUCUUCCUUGGAAACAGAGAUCGGAGCUCUCACUCUUCUCAUUUGUUCAUCGGUUUCAGGCUCUCGAGGUGAAGUCGUGACGGUCGCAUAG